AUGGCUGAUGACUUUCUAACACAAGUUCACUUUACUGGAGAGUCUGGUUGUGUGAAGUUUGUUCCAAAUCCCUUCAAAGGAAACAUAUGUGUGACUUGCUCUAAGGAAAUUUUCAAACAUUACAAGAGCUCCAUCGAGAGCAAAGAAGUUUUGAUGAAGGUGGGGGAAAUUUGUGUAUGGUCAAACCUUACCUUGUAGGCAUCUCUCUAAUAUGGAUACCUCUCUAAUGCAGGCACCUCUCUGAUGUGGACACCUCUCUAAUACAGGCACCUCUCUAAUAUGAACACCUCUCUAAUACAGGCACCUCUCUAAUAUGAACACAUCUCUCAUGCAGACACCUCUCUAAUGUGGACACCCCUCUAAUACAGGCACCUCUCCAAUAUAAACACAUCUCUCAUGCAGACAUCUCUUUAAUAUGAACACAUCUCUUAAGCAGACACCUGUCUAAUGUGGACACCUUUCUAAUACAGGCACCUCUUCAAUAUAAACACAUCUCUCAUGCAGACACCUCUCUAAUAUGAACACCUCUAAUACAGGCACCUCUCCAAUAUAAACACAUCUCUCAUGCAGACACCUCUCUAAUGUGGACACCUCUCUAAUGCAGACACCUCUCUAAUAUGAACACAUCUCCUAAGCAGACACCUCUCUAAUGUGGACACCUUUCUAAUACAGGCACCUCUUCAAUAUAAACACAUCUCUCAUGCAGACACCUCUUCAAUAUAAACACGUCUCUCAUGCAGACACCUCUCUAAUGUGGACACCUCUCUAAUAUGAACACCUCUCUAAUACAGGCACCUCUCCAAUAUGAACACAUCUCUUAUGCAGACACCUCUCUAAUGUGGACACCUCUCUCAUGCAGACACCCGUCUAAUAUGGACAGCUCUCUAAUACAGGCACCUCUUUAAUAUGAACACAUCUCUCAUGCAGACACCUCUCUAAUGUGGACACCUCUCUAAUACAGGCACCUCUUUAAUAUCAACACACAUCUCAUGCAGACACGUCUCUAAUGUGGACAUCUCUCUAAUGCAGACACCUCUCUAAUAUGAACACCUCUCUCAUGCUGACACCUCCCUAAUGUGGACUGCACCUCUCUCAUGCAGAUACUCUCUAAUGUGGACACCUCGCUAAUACAAACACCUUUCUAAUACGAACACCUCUCUCGUGCAGACACCUCUCUAAUACAGACACUUCUCUAAUGCAGGCACCUCUCUAACAUGGACACCUCUUAAGUCAGAAACUUCUCUAACAGGAGGCCUCUCUCAUAUGGACACCUCUCUGGUAUGGAUUCCUCUCUAAUGUGGACAUCUCUCUAAUAAGGACAUCAUUCUAAUGCAUGCACCUAAUACGAAAAUAUAUACACGUCUCUAAUAUAUACACGUCUCUAAUAUAUAUGUCUCUAAUAUGGACAUCUCAGUCUAUACUAUGGACACUAUUCUAUUACAGAUACAUCUUUAAUGCAGAUAUCUCUCUAACACAAACACCUCUCUAAACUACAACUCCCUAAUACAUACAACUCUCUAAUACGGAAACCUUGCUAAUACGGAAACCUCUCUAAUAUGAACAACUCUCUAAUAUGAACAUCUCUAAUAUGAGCAUCUCUCUAAUACUGACACCUCUCUAAUACUGACACCUCUCUAAUAUGAACAUCUUUCUAAUACAGAUCUCUAUAAUACGAAUACCUCUCUAAUAUGAACACCUCUCUGAUACGAACAUUUCUCCAAUACUGACACCUCUCUAAUAUGAACAUCUCUCUAAUACUGACACCUCUCUAAUAUGAACAUCUCUCCAAUACAGUCCUCUAUAAUACGAAUACCUCUCUAAUGUGAACACCUCUCUGAUACGAACAUUUCUCCAAUACUGACACCUCUCUAAUAUGAACAUCUCUCUAAUACUGACACCUCUCUAAUAUGAACAGCUCUCUAAUGCAGACCUCUAUAAUACGAAUACCUCUCUAAUAUAAACACCUCUCUAAUGCGAACUUCUCUUUAAUGCGGAUAUCUCCCUGACAGAAACACCUCGUUUUAACACAGACACCUUUCUAACAUGGCCAUCUCUCUAAUACGGACAUCUCUCUAACACAAACACCUCUCUGAACCUACAACAAUAUAAUAGUAGAGUUAUGCUGAUUUUUACAGUACUUCAUUUAUUUAGGCCUUGGAGUACACCCAGUCUAUGGAUAAACUAGGCAGUGUCAUAAUACCAAGUGAUGAAGUUACUAAGGUGGGAGGUCUCUAUCUUGGUGGUUAUAGACCGUCAAUUAACAGACAGUUUCUGCAAAGCCAGCAUAUUACACAUAUUCUUAAUGCUGCCGCAGGAUUGGUGAACUUUUUUGGACCAAAAUAUGAG